ACCAUCAAAAACUAUUUGUCCGUCGAAUCGUUUGGUUGAACUUUAUUUUGUUAAUCUUCAAAACUAAAAUAUAUAUAUUAAAACAAUAAACAGAAAAAAAAGUGAAAAUUCGUAUUAAUUUGUAAAAUACAAGUCAAACUGUGAAAUGAGCUAACUUUCAUCCGAAUUUAAAAAAAAAAAAGAAAGACAACAACUUUGUAGCCGUGUUUUUUUUUUUUGUAUAAAUUGAAUAUAUAUUAUUUUUAAUUUUUGUGAAUAAAUAAAUCAAAAAAAAAAAAAAACUAUUUCAAACAUGUUUUCAAUUAUUCGCAAAUUGCCAAUGGGUCAAGUGGUUCGUCCACUGAUUGCCAAUAACUCGGCGGCUGUUUCUGGAGCCAAAUUCAUAUCGACAACAGAAAAUCCACAAAACUCUGAACAUAUGACAAAAAUUGAUAAAAUCGGCGGACUGCCAAGUGAUUUGGUUAACAAAAAGAAAAUGAAGACAACUUUGAGAACUUUGUCAACUUUAAAUUAUUCCGUGCCAUUAGCAGCUCGUGCAACUGUUUCCAAGGAUGAAAGUCGAGAUUUCAUGGCAGUUUUUCCAGAUCUUGUUCGUGAACUCACUGAAAAAGCAAACGAAUACAAUGCCAAACAAGCUGCUAAAUGGUUUGCCAAGGCAUUACAAUACAAUGUUCCACGUGGCAAGAAGAAUCGUGGACUCUUGACAGUAUUAACCUACAAGAAGUUAGUAAGCGAAGAUCAAUUAACACCAGAAAACAUCAAAAAAGCACAAUAUCUUGGGUGGUGUGUUGAAAUGCUCCAAAGCAUGUUCAUUAUUGCCGAUGACAUAAUGGACGGCAGCACCACUCGACGUGGUCAAGUUUGCUGGCACAAACUCGAUGAUGUUGGCAUGACAGCCAUUAAUGAUUCCCUCAUGAUUGAAAAUGCCAUUUUUACUGUUUUAAAGAAUCAUUUCCGCCAAAAUGAAUGCUAUGCCGAUUUACUUGAUCUCUUCCAUGAAGUGAUUUUUAUUACUACCUGCGGACAAUCAUUGGAUCUACUGACAGCCAAUAAAGAUAUUAAUAGCUUCACAAUGAAUAAAUACAAUUCGAUUGUUGCAAAUAAGACUGCUUAUUAUUCAUUCUAUUUGCCAUUUGCAUUGGCAAUGCAUUUAGCUGGUUUCAAAGAUGCCGAAGCAUUUAGACAAGCCAAGACAAUUCUACUUGAAAUGGGUCAUUUCUAUCAGGUUCAAGAUGAUUUCCUAGAUUGCUUUGGUAAUCCAGAAGUAACUGGCAAACUUGGAACAGACAUUCAGGAUAACAAAUGCUCCUGGUUGGCUGUUGUUUGCAUGCAACGAGCUAAUGAUGAUCAAAAGAAAAUCAUGACUGAAUGUUAUGGUCAAAGUGAUCCUGCUAAAAUUGCUCGAGUUAAGCAACUGUAUAAGGAGCUAGGUCUCCCCAACACAUACGCCACUUACGAAGAAGAAUCUUAUAAUAUGAUCAAAACACACAUUCAACAGACAUCACGUGGAGUACCACACGAAAUCUACUUACAAGUUCUCAACAAAAUCUACCACAGGGAUUCAUAAGAAUCUUCUUCUAACCUAAAGACUGAAACUCUUCAAAUAAAAAAAUAUACACAAAAAUCGGCAGCAAACAGAGGCGAAGAGUGUUGCUGUACAAUUAAUUCGCGGUUCUUAUAAAUUUAA